GAUGGGGCAUAUUCCUCCGGGGUGUAAGUAGCACUAGGGCUCUGUUGUGAUUUAGUAAAUACCAAAGAAGUUUGUUCUGCAAACAGCUCUCUAACCUCUCUCUCUCUCUCUCUCUCUCGAAUAGGGCUGUUUACAAUAACCCAUCGGUAACGACUGACCCACACCCAUUCUUCUCUAACAAUUCCGAUUCUCUCAACAGCUUCCGAUGCCGUACGCCACUGCCUAAUACUCACCGGCGACACGAUAUUGGCUAACCAUAUCUCUCUAUUAUAUGGCUCUCUCCCUUGGGAAGCUCACCAUUCUGGUUGGUGCAGGUAUCGUUGGGUCAGUUCUUGCAAAAGAGGGAGGGGUAUCGGAUUUAAUAUCUGGUGCUUUCAAGAUUGCUUGGAGGCAACUUAAACAGGAUGAUUCUAGCACACCAGUAAAAAAGCCUCGCAAUGACUUGCUGUUGGCUCAGGUCAACAGCUUAAGGCAGGAGCUCCAAAUCUUGGCUUCCAACAGAUCAGUCACAAUUAUAAAUGCAAGUCGAAAUGGUGGCAAAAAGUAUGGUGUAAUUAUUAUUGUAGCUGUGGCAGGAUGUGGCUAUAUUUGGUGGAAGGGAGGAGGGGGAUUAUCUGGUUUGAUGGUUGCAACACGGCGUAGCUUAUCCGAUGCUUGCUCAUCUGUUGAGAAAAAGCUUGAGAAUGUUUACUCGUCAGUUUCGGCUACUAAACGAAAGUUAUCUUCCCAAAUAGAUGGCCUAGAUCGUGGUUUGGAGGAGUGUCUUGAAACUUCUAGUAGGACAAAAGAGGAGGUUUCUGGACUACGGGGAAGAACGAAUACAAUUGGUGAGGAUGUUAAAUCUGUUCAUAAUGCAGUCCGAGCUAUGGAAACUAAAAUCAAUAGCAUAGAAUGGAAGCAGAAUCUUACUAAUGAAGGAGUUAGAAGGUUGUGUGAUGUUGCCCAGAGUAUUGAACAUGCCAGAACCACUGAAGUUAAGACAAUAUCAUCCAGCUCCGCAAGGCCAGCACUUGAGGCACCGCCAAUAUCUCCGACAAGGACUGAGUCUUUGCCGCCUCUUUUGAUGUCCGAUCCAAUGUCUUCUCCUGGUUCCAGUGGUUCAGACCAGGAUGUUGGUGGAAUUUCAGAAGCUGUCGAGUCAUCAAACGACCGUGGGGUUAUCAAUGGGAUUGGUGCUGUAGAAGACAUGAAUGCCGGAGCUUCUAGUGGUGGGCGGUUUAGGCUGAGAAUGCCAGCCAUAAGUGCCUCAUUUUUAACAAGGACCCGUAGUGCAACAAGUGGCUUGCUACAACAAACGCGUUCAUCAGCAAUUUGAAUACUUGGAGGAUGACAUUUUGCAUGUAGUAAUACAGAAUAAAAUUAAGAUGAAACAAACAUUUUUAGUCUCAUUAGGACGGUCAUUAUGAGACCCUCCGACCUCCAAAUAUAGGAAGUGCCCAAAGCCAAAUUAAUGGACAGGACAGGGUACUGAAUUUUGUAGAGCAGCCAGUAUUUAUAAUUUCGCAUUUAGGAUUUGUUUUUUUCCCUUUAAAAGUGUAAUUAUAUUAUUUUUUUUCGCAGUCUCUGUAUGAAUUUUGGCUAAUGAAGGGGGAUGGGAAAAAUGGUAAAGGAAUACAAAAGGGGACACAUUUAUGAUUUUAUAUUAAUUGCUUUGUUGUAAAAUAAAUUUUUAGCUUCACAUUUUGA